AUGAGUAAACAGCUAAUUAGCAUACAUUCCGACGGGUAUAAAAGGCUCUAUGAAUGGGUCAGAGACCAUACUAGAAGAACCAGAAUGGCCUCAGUUCCUCCUGGCGACAUCAACACUCAGCCCAACUCGAAGAUCGUCUUCAACGCGCCGUACGACGACAAGCACACCUACCACAUCAAGAUCAUCAACGCUUCCGGCCGACGUAUCGGAUGGGCCAUCAAGACCACCAACAUGAGAGACUUGGUGUGGAUCCUGCCUGCGGUGUGCUCGAUCCCAAGGAGGCCACCCUUAUGGCUGUCUCCUGUGAUGUGUUCGACUACGGACGUGAGGACACCAACAACGACCGUAUCACUGUCGAAUGGUGCAACACUCCUGACGGAGCUGCCAAGCAAUUCCGUCGUGAAUGGUUCCAAGGAGAUGGUAUGGUCCGAAGAAAGAACCUUCCUAUCGAGUACAAUCCCUGAAAUCCCUGAAAGGACCCCUUUAAUAAAUUAG